AUGGGUGAUGAGAGGCGGGGCGCAAGUAGUCAGUAUUUCUAUGGGUUCCCGCCCCAUCAGCAGGAGGAGCCCCUCGGUCCGGGGAACGGAUUUGACGACGUACCCGGAACUGUUUCCAAGAUUUCUACAGGCUUGGGAGGUUACGAGCCGGAGGGUUCUGAGAGCCAACGCAACGGAGAUCUUCCCAGGGUCGCCAGAGCGUCGCAGUUCGCACCAUCCGCUGAGUGGCCUCAGCCAAAGCUCCCGAAAUCAGUCGCACCGCUCCCGCUCGCGGUCCCGCUCUCGAGAGCGACCCUCCGCGCAGCGCGCAGUUUGUCGAAGAGCCCCAAGCCCAGCAAAUCCUCCCGCUCUCCGCGGGGCCGCCGAUCUCGCUCACGCUCUUGUUCUCGGUCUGGUGAUCGGAAUGGCCUCAGCCAUCCGCUGAGUGGCCUCAGCCAAAGCUCCCGAAAUCAGUCGCACCGCUCCCGCUCGCGGUCCCGCUCUCGAGAGCGACCCUCCGCGCAGCGGAGCACCCCUUUUGCGUCUGCCUCCUCGUCCGCCUACUAUGGCGCCUACUCGCGCCCCUAUGGCUGCGACAAGCCGUGGCCCAGCCUCCUGGACAAGGAGAGGGAGGAGAGCCUGCGGCAGAAGAGAUUAAGUGAAAGAGAAAGGAUUGGAGAAUUGGGAGCUCCUGAAGUAUGGGGACUUUCUCCAAAGAAUCCUGAACCAGACUCUGAUGAACAUACACCAGUAGAGGAUGAAGAGCCAAAGAAAAGCACUACUUCAGCAUCCAGUUCAGAAGAUGAAAAGAAGAAAAGGUCUACCCAUUCAAAAGAAAGGUCCAGGAAAAAGAGAAAGAAGAAAUCAUCUAAAAGAAAACACAAGAAAUAUUCUGAAGAUAGUGACAGUGACUCUGAUUCUGAAACAGACUCCAGUGAUGAAGAUACAAAAAGGAGAGCAAAGAAAGCAAAGAAAAAGGAAAAGAAGAAGAAACACAGAUCAAAGAAAUAUAAGAAAAAGAAGUCUAAGAAAAGCAGAAAAGAGUCCAGUGAUUCAAGUUCUAAAGAUUCCCAAGAGGAAUUUCUGGAGAAUCUCUGGAAGGAUCGAUCAAAGGCUGAAGAACCGUCUGAUUUAAUUGGCCCAGAAGCUCCAAAAACACUUGCCUCUCAAGAUGAUAAACCUUUGAACUAUGGCCAUGCUCUGUUACCUGGUGAAGGUGCAGCUAUGGCUGAGUAUGUAAAAGCUGGAAAACGUAUUCCACGAAGAGGUGAAAUUGGGUUGACAAGUGAAGAAAUUGCAUCAUUUGAGUGUUCUGGUUACGUAAUGAGUGGUAGCAGGCAUCGCCGAAUGGAGGCUGUGCGACUGCGAAAAGAGAACCAGAUCUAUAGUGCUGAUGAGAAGAGAGCUCUUGCAUCUUUUAACCAAGAAGAGAGACGAAAGAGAGAGAACAAAAUUCUGGCCAGUUUUCGAGAGAUGGUAUACAGAAAGACCAAAGGGAAGGAUGACAAAUAAGGAUUUUCUAAUUGUUAAAGCAGACAUUUUCACAACAAAAAAGAAAGUCUAGGUUCUACACAUACACAAAAAGAUUAUGCUCUGAAAAAGUUUUACAGUGCUACUGUGCCUUCUAUUUAAUUCCUUCAGUCCUUCAAUAAAAAACUGCUUAUUGAUAAUAACUUUAGUAAAUUAUUUGGGUUAUUUGGGAUUGACCUUAGUGUUUUGGUUUAAAAUUCCAAAUUAUAAAUGAAAUCCUACUGUAUUAGGGGAGGUGGCAUGGAUAGAAAGUGUCAGUAAGAUGACAAACUUAACCUCAUGCUAAGGCUCAAUGAUCCGAUUGGCUCUACACAAUGCCGACCCCUACCCCGAGUAUCCUCGAGGGAAAUUAUCAUUCCUCUGUGUUGAACGUGUUAUAAAUGGACUUGAUAGAAACUACAUAGGAGGCUACUUCUGUUAACAAAAUGAAAGCUUCACUGAAAAAAGAGCACGUCUGGAAUUUGAAAACUGACUUGUAUGAUGUAACAUAUAGUCUGCCCUGGAGUAGUGUAUUUUGCUUGCAGUCCCUACCUAUACUCUAAAAUGAAAUAACAUGCCAAAAAGCAAACUAACUCAUGGAUUUGUUGAAUUGAAAAUAUAAACAUAUGGUGUUUUAAAUUCUUAAUCCUCUUAAGGAUAGCUCUUUCAAGGGCUGGGAAUCCAGCUCAGUGGUACAGUGCAUGCUUAGCAUACCUAAGACCCUGGGUUCAAUUCGCAGCAUUGCAAAAGAAAAAAAAAUACUUUCAAAUAUAAAGUCUUGGGAAGUCUAUUGCUGUGCCAGUGUAAGUACCUUAUUUCUAUUUCAUCUAUACUUUAAUGAUAGGAUAACAUCUUAAAAGAAUCAGGGUAAACGAGUCACGUGCUAGUAGGGAAAAAUAUUAUAAUGAGUCAGUAUUUUAGUUGUUUCAUAAGAUGAAGCUAAAAUGAUAUUAAACUUUUUUGCAGUACUAUGGAUUAAAUCCUGAAGCUUUGCACUCAGCUACAUCCCCAGCCCUUUCUACUUUUAUUUUUAUUUAUUUUUUG